AUGGCCAAGGAAGGCAUUGCUGCUAUUGGUAUAGUGGAUGUGGAAACUGUUUCACAAGAGGUGCUAAAGACCGCCUUCGUUCGCCAUGGCCUUGUAAUUGGAAUCCGUGAAUCUGUCAAAGCAUUAAACAGGCACCAAGCCCAUCUUCACGUGUUCUUAUCCAACUGUGAUGUGCCCAUGUAUAUCAAGUUGGUGGAGGACCUUUGUGCGGAACACCAGAACAACCUAAUUAAGGAUGAUGACAAGAAGAAACCAGGGGAACGGGUUGGCCUCUGUAAAACUGACAGAGAAGGGAAACCUCAUAAAGUGGUUGGCUGCAAUUGUGUUGUGGUUAAGGACUAUGACAAAGAAUCACAGGCCAAGGAUGUCAUCGAAGAAUACUUCAAAUGCAAGAAA